AUGAAUCUCCCAGGCGUUGCCGAAGUGUCUCAUGGCGGCGGCGGCGGUGCGGGGAGGAGCCUCAAUCGUUCGUGGGGGAUCUCGUUGAUGAACACCGCUGGUCUGGUUUUUUUGACCUACAGCUCUGCGGCCGCAGCGUACCGCGCCCGCAGCGAUCCAUGGACGUUAGGUUUUGUGGUCUCUGCCUACAGCACGCUGAUGCUUCUGUUCUGGUUCCUCCGCGGUUUUGAGGUUGCUCCACCGGAGAAGAGGGGGAAGCUGAAGCUCGUGAUCUGGCUCCUCUCUAUGACUCUGAUCUCCAUGUUCACGUAUCGAGUCGCCUCUAUGAUGCCGUUCGGAUUCGCCGUUGUCAUCUGGGCAACCGGGGCUCUGACGAUGGUCGCCGGCUUUUACGUGUUGUUCGUAUUGGGAACCAGUAAGGAUCCCGAUUUCUAG